AUGGAACGGCAAACGAGGCCGGAGGCGAUGAAUGCCUCCCCUCACCACUCGAAAGUUAAAGUCACACUGACCAUGGGCAAUCCUCUUUAUGUUGCUGGAGGGUACGUGAGCGGGAAGAUGGAGAUGGAGUGUCGAGCAGAUAAAGGCCUUGGAAUCGGCACUAUGAUGGUUGAGCUUACUGCAGUUCAAGAACUUACAUCUCGGGAUCACUCUGCGACGUCAACGUUCCUGCGAUCGCGCCGGCUUUUCCAAGGCCCUGGUCUUCCACCUUCGAAUGCAGUGCAAGCGCACCCGCUUCCAGGGGACCCACCGUUGCCCCCACACUAUCAUCAGGCCCGGCGAGGACUCACCACCUUCUUAUUUCGUAUCCCCUUACCCUCCAGCUCGCCGGCUUCGAUUAGCUUUGGGUCAGGCAUUGCACGGGUGAAGUACGAGGCGAAGGCAAGUGUGCAGGUAGCGUGGAAAGGCGAGAAGACACUUGUGAUCGACAAGAAGGAGCUUGACGUGGUGGAGAGUUUUGAACAGGAUUUUGGGAGGUCUGAACCGGAAGGGGUAGUGGUAGGAGAGAAUGGAAAGAUAUUCGUGCAAGGAAGGGUGGUCGGUGGCGUCCUGAUAUCAGGAGAAAGUGGUUGCGUAGAGCUUCAGGUGAAAAACCACUCCAGCAAGAAGAACACAGGGUUAACGAUCACGCUUUCGAGACAUCUGCUGUUGCUCGGCGCUGCUCCUGGUGAGAAGCCACCGUUGCAGCUCUCUGAUACGCUCGCUGUGAUACCGUACCGUGGUCAGGAAUACAUCAUACCACCGGGCGCUGAAGGCGAGCCAGUCUUGUGUUUGACGUUCCCAAGUCCGCAAAGAGGCUCAAGAGAGGACGACGAUGGACGGACGUCCGAGGCCCUCUUCGAAGUCCGUUGCAUCGUCGGGGUGAAGCUUAAUAUGGGCCUAGGAAGUAAGGACAUCAACCUAGACAUUCCCGUUACUGUGGCGCACUCCGCUGCCCUACCUGCAUUGCCUGAUCCCACACCGUAUCCCGGUAAUCCAUACACGUACACCCCCCCUGAGCAACCACCUUUCGUGCCGUCUAACGUGCCACCCCAAGCCCCCUACGUCGACCCUCACACACCUUAUGGCUACCCAGUUCAGCUGCCCAUGUCACCCCCCAUUCCAGCUUACAUCGAACAAGGUCAUGUGUGGUUGCCUCCCCCCGCACCCCCGGCAAGUUACAACCAAGCUUACAAUCACUACCCUCCUCCCUUUUACCCGGUUACUGGAUCGGCUAUGCCUCCUUAUAUGGUUGCCUCACCUGCUCCUCUCCACGUGCCAUACGUCAUUCCUACAAGGCCGUCCAGUGCUGGCGCACGAAUGGCUUCACAGGUUGUCACCUCUGGUCUCCCCGUAACAUCUGAUCAGAAUCCCGUCCUCCACCCGCUCGAUAAUAGCGCGGAACAUUAUGCUGGCCCUGAGGAAGGCAAGGGCGAACGAGCAUCCAGGAUUACUCAACAUCUCAGGUUAUCUUCGCGAAAUCGUUCAGUUUCACCGACAUCCCAUCGUUUCCCCCUUCCACCAUCUGCUAUCGUCGAAAACAUCAUUCCCGAGGUGCCCCCGGUAUCAGUACCAAUUCCCCAACGGCAACCCCAGAUGCAAACACUGGCUAACCUUCCUCCGCCGCCUGCUACUGAUACACAUGCGCCCUCACUUUCUCCACCCGACGUGUCCAAGGUCGUGUAUUCUCCCCGACCUCUUCUCUCUCCAAAGCAUUCAUUUAGCAUUGAUCCAAUUACAAAGAACUCGGUCAGUCGGAGCGAGAGGGUGGAGGCGUUGGAGAAGAUGGCAGAAGCCGUGAAUGAAGACCCUUCGUCGGACAUUCCCAAGCUGGCUACGGCAGAACUAGACUCGCUUCACGCUCCUUCCUCUGAUCUCAACGUUGCGAAUAAAACUCUCCCAACGCCUCCGGCUCGUAGUUUGAAGAAGCACUCAUUCUUCUCACCACUCUCCGCCUCUCGCCCACCUGUUGAUCAAUUAUUCGUGGCUCCUGUGCCUGACACCCUUUCGCCUCCGGAUCCAGUGCCAUCUGAACAGACACCUCCCACCCCGACGCUGACUGCGGUGCAUCCUAACGCACGCCCGAAGUCAAAUCACGGCCUUCUCAGCUUGAGCGGGCCAAAUGAGAGUGAGAGUGGACUGGACGCUUUGGAACGACGGCUCCUCGCUGCAGUGGGAACGCGGAAGAUUGAAUCCAACGCUAGACCUGAUGUUCGGACGGUGCUACCCAUUACCAUUCCGCCGGCGAAUACAAAGGCUGAGCCGCUGAAUGAUUCCGCAAUAUCUAGUCUGACGUUAGCUGAUCACGGUGGGGAUCUUGGAGGGGAUCUCGGGUUAGAUCACGACGAUUGGGAUGAUAGGACACAUAAAGCGGCUAAGUCGAGCCUUUCUGGUGAUGAUAGGGAUAGGGACGGGGAUACCAACAGGGGACCAGAGGGAGGUGCACGAGGUCGUGGUUCGGGAUCAACCAAAGCGAAGAGCGAUUCCGGCAGGACGAGGGAUGGCGGAAAGAAGAAAGUCCGCAAUACAGAAUCAAAUAAGAGGAAGGCAGCGAAGGGAAGGGUGGCAGCCUGGUUGGGCGCCAUCGAACCUACUACACCCCCGGAGCAAUCGCCCACAGACGGUACACCACUUGAUGGCGACCAGAGCUCUGGGCCCUUUGAUAGCGGCGAGGUGCUUGUCAAACAAGAUGUUGCUCCUCCUGUUGCUAUUACGAAGGAAGAGGCGACCGAAGGGAACGCACAGGAAUCACAACCACCGGAUGAUGUAUCUUCUGUGCCGAACCCACGGUCCUCAGGCUUCGUUCCGAUCGGUACAUUCAAGCGAGAUACGUUCCGACGCUAUGCUACAGGUCGCGGUGGCCCCGUCGUAAACCCAGCAGCCGAAGAAGCAGAGGGGAUAGCUAACUUGUGGUCCAGCAAAGGGGACGACGCUCUGAAAUCCAAGCCGUUCGCACUACGUGCAAAUCCCCCUAUGGCUAUGCAGUCGAUACGCACAGACAAAGACGUCUCCCCACCGUCAGCCUCUUCGGUGAAGGACGGUGUAACCAUGAAGCACCGUCUAACAAUCCAUGCGCAUUACCCCAACCCGCCCAGCCUUACAUCAAGCAAUUCAGCACACAGACUCCCGGUCUAUCCUCCACAGCCUUUGGAUCCGGAAGUCAAGUACGACGUCCGUUCUGCUAGAGGAGGUCGUGGCGGCAAAGUUACCGCUGUGGCGGCCAUUUGGGCGGCUGGUGCCUUCAAGAAGGCCGAUAGUCCACCACCUGAUAAGCCAGUAGUCGCACCGAAGCCUAAGAAGGUUAUUCCUCCUCCAUUCGUCACCAAGAAGCCCGCUGCCCGUGCCCCUCCAUUGAUCGCCUCGAAACCUCCGUUGCUGCUCUCAGCCGCAAGGAAAAAGUCCCCAUCCUCCGCUGCAAGUAGCGAUGGGAGCACAGCGGCCGCGCGUACUGAUUCCACAGUUGAUAACAAGGCCAAGCACGUCACAAAGUCUUCGUCUGUCCCGGCAAUGGUUUCGUCCUCUCUUGCCAUACCCGUGCUAUCGUCAACCGCGUCGCUCGCACGGCCUGUGACGAAAGCCAAGACCCCAAUCAAGCCACCCCCGACCCUGUUCGAAACAAAUGCCCCCCGGGUCAGCGCCCAACACCAGGGUCUUCCCGCUCGGGCUCCUUCAGGUACAAAGACCGACCUUGCGUUUGGUCAGGCGCGUCUUAGAGAUUUAAUCCGUAAAUAUCAAGGUCAGUCAACGUAA